AUGUCCGCCACCGUGGAAGGAUUAACAGAAGACACUGGAGCAAUACCAACAAGAAAAGUAAACAUUUCCUUGAGAAUAUCAAAGGAUUUUGAUUCCUCUUUUGAAAACCUGAACUCCAGCCUAUCUAAAAAGUUAAUCAGAACUUUAAUACACAAGCUUAAAAUUCUCUGCAACAGCGCUGAUCCACAAAAUUUUAAGGAUGCAGAAGUCAUCGGCUUAAGGAGAGGAAGUGUUAUUGCAGAUUGUGUUGCUGAAUACACCUACCCUAACAAUGAAGGACAAAUUACAUUCCUCAACACAAACUUGGAGCCCACACUUCAACGCAUUUUUAACAACAGUGACAAUCUAAAACAUCUUACCCAAGACCUUGGAGGCACUGCUGUUGAGGUGACCAAGAUCAGUUUACAGCCUACACUCAUAAAAAACAUAGAAGAUUUAAAACCGUUCCUGGCCUGUACUCUGGAUUUUGCAAAUUACACUAUGGAGGUUAUUUCUGGAAGCUGGCAGUGUCUGGGACUUUGCAGGAAGGACCCCAACUACUGCCAUCAACAUGGAGACUGCUUCAAUGUAAAGACUGGACCCAUAUGCAAGUGCUUUGGGUCAGAUCUGGAGCAGUAUUACGGUGAGCAGUGCCAGCUAUACCGAAGGGCUGCAGGAUUCUAUGGCGUGCUCUUUGGUGUGCUCAUAGCUGGUCUGCUCUUUCUCCUCAUCCUCAUUUCAGUUGUUGUUAUUUUUUGUAAGAGAAGAUAUGAACAGAGGUGA